CAGAAUUUAAGGAAAGCGAGAGGAAGAUUUUAAAAAAUACGUGAUUUUUUUCUCUCAUUCUUUUGGAACCAAUUUUUAUCAUGUCUAAAGCCCAAAAGGACCCGAAGGAGCAAGGGACCUCCAGCCCGGGGAGGGAGGCACCGGGGUCAGAGGUCAAUGGCCCAGGGGCGUUCGACCUCAAAGGCCAAAGCUCUUUCAAAGUCAACGACCCAGGGGUAUUCGAGGUCACAGAUCAAGGGUCAAUCGAGGUCAAAAGCCGAGGGACAUUUAAGGUCAACGGUACUGCGGAGGCGAGCGAAGGAGGGCCAGCCGAGGAGGACGUCGAGGAGCGGAUUGUUCAGAUCUCGACGCCGACCCACGCCCGGGAGCUGUUGGCCUGCGUCGGGAAAUUGCGUCACGCGUUCUCGACGGCAGACGUGAACAUCGUAGUGAGAGGAGAAGUGUUCCGCGCCCACCGCUUCCUCGUGACGCAUUUCAGCAAGUUCUUGGCCCGCGCCCUGUCGCCCAAGGCCGGCGAGGCGGUCACCGGCCCCAACGUGGUGUUUGUGGAGAAGGUGGAGGCAGACAUCAUGGCAUACCUCUUGGAUUACAUGUACGGAAACCUUGCUAUCUUGAAGGAGAGCAAGCUGCUGCGGUUCCUGUGCGCGGCCCGCUGGCUGGAGAUCGACUGCCUUCAGACGCCCGGCUUGAAGAGCCUCGAGAGAAACCUGACGAAGGGUUCGAGCGGGACCCCGUGUGGCGCGUCCUUUUCGGAAGGACGGGAGACCGAGGGGGCGACUGGAGGCGACCGAGGAGGAGGGACACCCUGGGACAUCCUGCUUCCCAGUUUUAAGUUUCCAUCGUCUCUCGAAAUCACACAGAGUCCCAGUCUGUUCGGCGGCCACUCGGGAGACGGACGAAGCGGCGCGUCAACGGUCUCGCGAGAGCAGGCGAGUAAGCAGAAGGACGAGGGGGACUCGGGCGCGAAACAACGAGGCAAAUGCUGCCACUGCUCUUGUCGGCGGGAAGGAGAAGCAGGGUCGUCCGGAAGGAAGGAAGAGAGCGAUGGAGCGCCGGAGACCAAGGAGGAGGCAACCACGGGCUCGGGAGAUGAAGAAGCACAAACACUCAUGAAGAAGUUGGAAAAAUAUGGCACCAAGAUAACCGGGAACACUCUGAGCAUGCUUCAAGUCCCGGCCUGGCUCUUCUCCAGCAAGAACAUCUCCAUCACGCCAGCCAAAGAGAAUCACAAGAACGUCAGAGUCUCGGCCGCUGACGAAUCAACAGCUGAUGAGGCAUCUCUCGGGACACAAGACGAGGCUGACAAGGCAGACGCCCCUGUCAUCAUCGGGACGUCGCCUCCACAACCUCCAGUGCCACCGAAGAGGAAUCUCAUGGCAGCAUUCCAGACUUCCACUCGGGCCCAGGGUGAUGGUCGCUUUCCAAGGGGCGACCUGGGUCAUCCAUGGCCCAGGGGGUCCCGUGGCAAAGUCAGGGAGCCAUAUGCAAUGAAUCAGCGUUACCCAGCGCCCAGAUUUAAUAGUGUCCCCCGAAUACAGCAGAACCCAAGGAACAGGCUACAAACACCUUACCCUCGGCAGAUGCCCAGCGCCGUUCCGGAGAGUGUUCCCAUGACCCAGAAGUCCAACAGAGGUCGUGGAUAUGUGAUGUCCCCGCCUCAUGGGAAUGGAUUCAAAGCUCUCGGCACGCCUCGCAGCCAGAGCACCCCCUCCUUAGACGCUGGAAAAGUCAACACUGACUGGGAUCGAAAACUGAGUCAGCAAGCGAGAGUUAUUGUCAAUAACAUCUUGUCUCCGCGCGGUAGGCUUCCAUCCUCCCCUUCUGGCCGAGGUCCCAGACAUGGCAGAGGGAGACCGCCCUGUUUACCCCAUUCGCAUUCUCCAUCCCUUGAAGGAGAUGUUACAAAACCAUCAGGUGGGAACCAAGACCACUUUACCGGUACCAAUUCGGGCCCUCUGAGCUCCUCUGGGAAUGGCUUUUUCCAGUGGGAUGGGAGGGAGCCCUUGGAGGUCAGGGACACGGGAAUCGUCAUUCAACUUCCAGAUAAUGCUGCGGAGCUCAUUGCUGGGGCGACUGUACUGACUCCUGUCGCUCCAGGAUUGGACGAUGGGCGAUCCCUUGACUUACAGGUGGCCCAGACUAGCUUCUCCUCUUAUCAGGCUCCUGUGACAUUUGUGGGAGGGCCGCCAUGCCCAGCAGAACAGCAGGUCGAGCAGCAGAACCCUUUACCGGAUGACAAUGCCACUGCCUUUGCUCCGAAUGAGUCCUUGGACGCCACCCUCCUCAGUGAGGACAUCGGCCCUCAUGGAAAUUCAUCCUCCUUCGAAGGCUUUUCAGGGGAUGUCACGGAGUCGGAAUCUCAGCCUCAAGCUCCACCGCAGCCAGCAGCAGGUCCAGAGAGGGAAGAGACAGCUGAAGGCGAAGUGAAAGAGCAGUUGGCCAAGGACGAGAAUUGUAGCAAUGCAGCUUCGGCACAAAAUGUUAGCAGGAGGACUCGUGGGAGGCCCUGUAAGACCUUCAGGUGCCCCGUGUGCAAGAAGAUGUUCUCGAACUCCAGCGCGCUGGUCAUGCACCAGCGACAGCACGUGGGGGAACGCCCGAGGUACUGCUCCUCCUGCGCCUUCCGAAGCGAGGCCCAGUCAACCCUCGUAAGCCACGUCAAGAGGAAGCACGGAAGGCUCCUGCAGGAGUGUGAGAAGGUGUGCCACCCAGCGCCAGAAAUCGACCCCAACAGCUCGAGCAAGAAGAGGAAGAAGAAGGACAAAAAGGAGGAGGAAGAGAGAAAGGAGGAGGUGAAUUCCGAGGAGAAAGGAAAAGUGGAGAACACGGAGCAGAGCGCCGGAGGAAAUGGAGAGCCAAUACAAAACGGGAAUGACGAUAAAGGGGAAAUUCCCGACCAAGCUGAAAACUCGAGUUGAUAAGAAGAGGAAAAAUGGCGGCUUAAAAACAUGAAAAAAUCCUUUGCCGGAGAAGGCUUCUUUUCCAGAACUAAUCAUAUCUGACAUUUUAUCAUUUGAUUUCUUGCCGAUUUGUCUCCUAGGUGUGAUAUACUCCAUGGCAUAUUCUGAAUAAAUUCCCUGUUCUGCUGGUGUCAGGGUUAUAUAAGGCUUAUAUAGUGAAGCAUCAGAAAUUGAAUUCAGUUUAUGUAGUUUGCCAAAAAUAGCAAAUUUGCAUAUUUCAUUUGUGUUUAGUGAAUUUCCAUCAUGAUGCCGAUAAAAAACACUUUAUAACACCCUUCUGAGGUUAGAAAGAUUGUCUUUAUUUAAGAAUUUUCACGUUUCUUUUAUAAAACAAAAAAUUUAACGUAUUUAUUUCUAUUUUAUGUAUUCGGAAAAGAUGAUUGUCUUCAUUUUGCGUCAUUUUUUGCGUCAUUUUAAAUUAUCCGUUAAGAAGGAAAACUUAAUUUAAUCUUUGUAUGUUUGCUCUGCAUGAAGUGUACAUUUUUUGUUGUGUACGAUUUUUUUAACCUGAUUUUUACAUAAUAAAUGAA